AUGCGCAUCCGCUAUCCUUUCGCAGGUGCCUUCGUCUUCCUGCUCGUGCUCGCCGGCUAUAUCGGUCUUCUCCCGCACAGCACGUCUUCGACAAUACCGACACAACUCCAACCGAAUGAUAAAUUCAUUCAUCUAGUCACAUUCUUCCUACUUUCUCUCGCCUUCUACUGGGUCUUGGACACUUCACGUCGGCGCGCGCUACACGUGACCCUUCUGGUCUGCACAGUAGGGCUUGGUAUUGGCUCGGAGAUUGUGCAGGGCUUCCUCCCCAAUGGCCGCGACUUUGAUCCAUACGACAUUGUCGCCAAUGUGGUCGGUAGUGUCGGCGCCAUCGGUCUCUGCGGCUGGUACCACCGUCGCAUGAUGGAACGACGUCGGCAAAGUCGGUACGGUCUGAUGGACGACGGAACAGAAGAUGUCGAGCUUGGUGGAGUGGAGAGAGACUCCCACCGUGACUCGGAACCGUUGGGUCCACAGGAAUCAGGUGUUAUGUCGCUCGAGCAGGAGGUAGACAACUGGGAUGAAAAUGCCGUUGAUAACUGGGACAACGAAGAUGGCCCAGAGCACGAACGUGACGCUGCGCCUCCUAGUUAUCAUGAGUCGAGUUCUGCUGGCGGGCAAGCAGCUCCUGUGCCUGCCGGUGCUAAACGGUCUGACUGA